AUGAAUGGUCAAACCGAAGCAGUUAGCAAAAUCGAUGAAUUAAAUUAUUAUUCGCCACAUUUUGCUUAUGACAUUAAAACAGCAAACGAUUAUAAAAAGCCUAUAGCAUAUAAAAAUCUUCAUAGACAUCCUAAAGAAAAAUCCACGGUAAAUAAAAACGGAUAUCUCGAAAUUAUUAGGAAGCAUCCAGGAAAAGGACCAACUGAAACUUUCAUAAUUUAUUAUCAUCAGAUCUGUACUGGAGUGAUACUGGCUUUUUCAAGUUCAGAAACAGUAGAUUCUGCUGCAGAAAAAUGUUUGAACUUAAACUGUUCUGCCGUAAAUGCAAAGCCAGUCGGUUAUGACAUUCUAAAACUGCCUAGCAUUAGUGGUUCUCCUAGUUCCACUGGCUAUUGGCUAUUGGCUAUAAGGAUGAGGCACUUCCGCGAAGAAAAGAAUUCUAGUAAAAAGGGGAUAUAUUUUUAUAUAUAUAGCGUAUUCUUAUAA